ACCCGACUCUGUAAUGGGAUGUCUCUGUCACCCACGGAUCUAGAAAUGCCUGUUCCACAGGGGCAUUAUUAGCACAGAGACCCUCCCACUGCCUGGCAAUUCAGUCUGGGAGCUAUGCUCCUGAGCAGAGCAGUUAGUAAACAACAGCCACUUAGAAAUAGCUCAUAGCUCUAUCUAAGGAGCUUACCUAAUCCAGAUGUAACUGUCAGGAUUUGCAGAGCGGCAGCGUGGCGAGAAGGAAAGCCGCACGCAGCUUUUAAAUUCCAAACGAAAAAGCGAACAAAAUGCGGCUGUUUCCUCUGCAACAGCAGCCAAGUUAUUCAAGAGUUUUAGCUACCCGUUAUCGGAACUGAACUGUGGAAAGUUUUCUGAAGCGGUUGCCCAGGGCUAAAGCCUGCACUAGAUUGUGGAUGUAUUGAGAACUGGCUUUCAGUUCCCCAUCUGAUGGCGAAGCCCAGGGUCACCUAUGAGUAUUCCGAGGCGGAGGAUAAAAGCAUCAGACUCGGCUUCUUCCUCAUAAUCUCCGGCAUCAUCUCCUUAUUCAUCCUCGGGUUUUGUUGGUUAAACCCCACGCUGAACAACAUGCAGUGCAAGGCUGCUAACUGCACGGUGCUGUCGCUGCGGCACAUCGCCGAGAUGUCGGAGUGCACUUUCACAUGUGGGGCAGAUUGCAAAGGCACGUCGCUCUAUCCCUGUCUCCAGAUCUUCAUCAACAAUUCCCAAACUAACAGCAAAGCGUUGCUCCAUUAUGACGAACAGCAACUCAUUCGAAACCCUAAGUGUUCCUAUAUUCCUCCUUGUGAAAGAGACAAUCAGAAAAACUCAGAGAAUGUUAUGAGUUGGCAUGAUUAUUGGAAGGAAGAAAUAGGCUCUCAGACUUUUAUGUGCUAUAUAAAUCAACAACGAAGACCUGAUGAUGCGCUUUUGAAGCGUGCCCAUGAUGAAAAUGUCCUUUUGCACUGUGUACUCUGGCCUCUCCUUACUCUCCUGGUGGGUGUCCUGAUUGUGCUUUUGACAAUUUGUGGUAAGAGUCUUGCUGUUCGAGCAGAAGCACUGCAGAAAAUGAAGUACUCCUAGUGAGAAGACUGAUCAGAAGUGGCAAUCAGGCAGCAUUCUUACAGGCAAAUAAUCAACAGUAUAUUCAAAGGCAAAUCCUUGAUGACAAAGGCUUGAAAUCAUUUUAUGCAAGUGUAGACUUGCAACGUUUUGAAUGAUUUAAGCUGCUGGGAGACUAAAGGCUUGAUGAUUGAAUAUAAAUGCUUGAAAUUUGGCAUGAAGAUUCCAUCACAUCAUUACUGAGAGAAAAAAUGCAACCGACGUAAUGUACCUUAGCUGUUUCCUUUGAUUCAUUUUCAAUUCAGUUAUCCUCAUUUCUGGAAUAUAUUGCGAGUUAACUGCAGCCCAACAUUUUUGUUAACCUUAGUUAGAAGAAA